UCGAUAUCUCUGUUGCUGUCGUCUUUCUGCUGUCUACUCCCCCCUCACCAGUUCGUGAAUAAUAUUUGCACAAAGUUUGCUUUUGUUCACGACGACAUAACAGCAUUUGACCGCCGACCAGUCGAAAUGCUGUAUAAAGUGACUGUCAACGGUGCCUGGAGGGCGACGAGGACGCUGUGGCUGCUUUUGCUAGUGAGCCUGUCUGUGUGCAUCUGUGUGUGCCGAGCAUCAUCACCUCAGGAGGAGGACAGUGCCAUGGAGAACAUCGUUACAGAGAAAAGGGCUGAGGAAAGCCACAGGCAGGACAGCGCAGACCUGCUAAUCUUCAUCCUGCUCCUCACCCUCACCAUCCUGACCAUCUGGUUGUUCAAACACCGGCGGUUCAGGUUUCUGCAUGAAACUGGGUUGGCGAUGAUUUAUGGCUUACUUGUUGGCGUAGUCUUACGCUACGGCAUCCAUGUUCCUCGGGACAUUAGCAACGUCACGUUGAGCUGCCACGUUAAUGCCAGCCCUGCCACUCUGCUGGUCAAUGUCAGCGGCAAAUUCUACGAGUACACUCUGAAAGGGGAGAUCAGUGCCAAUGAGGUGAACGACGUGCAAGACAAUGAGAUGCUGCGAAAGGUGACCUUUGACCCUGAGGUGUUCUUCAAUAUUCUUCUACCACCCAUCAUCUUCCAUGCUGGCUACAGCUUGAAAAGGAGACACUUUUUCCGUAACAUGGGAUCCAUCCUGGCGUAUGCCUUUCUGGGGACAGUCAUUUCCUGUUUUGUUAUUGGGUUGCUGAUGUACGGCUGUGUGAUGCUAAUGAAGCAGGUGGGACAGCUGGGUGGAGACUUCUUCUUCACUGAUUGUCUGUUCUUCGGAGCCAUUGUCUCCGCCACAGACCCUGUGACAGUCCUGGCGAUCUUCAAUGAACUGCAGGUAGAUGUGGAUCUGUAUGCUUUGCUGUUUGGAGAGAGUGUGCUCAAUGACGCCGUGGCCGUGGUUCUGUCCUCGUCUAUCGUAGCAUAUCAGCCAGAAGGGGACAACAGUCACACCUUUGAGGUCAUGGCGAUGCUGAAAUCUUUUGGGAUUUUCCUCGGAGUCUUCAGCGGCUCUUUUGCUCUAGGAGUGGCCACCGGAGUUGUCACGGCUCUCGUGACUAAGUUCACCAAGCUGAGAGAUUUCCAGCUGUUGGAGACAGCUCUGUUCUUCCUCAUGUCGUGGAGCACAUUCCUGUUGGCUGAGGCUUGUGGCUUCACAGGUGUGGUGGCAGUGCUGUUCUGUGGGAUCACCCAGGCCCACUACACCUACAACAACCUGUCUCCUGAGUCCCAGGACAGGACCAAACAGCUGUUUGAACUGCUGAAUUUCCUGGCAGAGAACUUCAUUUUCUCCUACAUGGGUCUCACGCUGUUCACCUUCCAGAACCACGUCUUUAAUCCGAUGUUCAUUGUUGGCGCCUUUCUGGCAGUAUUCCUGGGAAGAGCCGCUAACAUCUACCCUCUCUCAUUCCUCCUUAAUCUGGGACGACGUAACAAGAUCAGAUCCAACUUUCAGCACAUGAUGAUGUUUGCGGGACUGCGAGGUGCGAUGACCUUCGCCCUGUCCAUCAGGGACACGGCGACAUACGCCCGUCAGAUGAUGUUUUCCACCACUCUGCUUGUGGUCUUCUUCACUGUGUGGAUUUGUGGAGGUGGCACCACCCAGAUGCUGUCUUGCCAGCGCAUAAGAGUGGGAGUGGACUCUGAUCAAGACAAUUCUAUGAGCAUCGCUGAAGGAUCAGAGAGAAGAAGCACCAAACAAGAAAGUGCCUGGCUUUUCAGAAUUUGGUAUAACUUUGACCACAACUACCUGAAGCCCAUCCUGACUCACAGUGGCCCCCCUCUCACAGCCACGCUGCCUCCCUGCUGUGGCCCCCUCGCCCGCUUCCUCACCAGCCCUCAGGCCUAUGAGAAUGAAGGCCAGUUGAAGGAUGACGACUCUGACCUCAUCCUGACAGACAGAGAUAUGAGCCUGACCUAUGGUGACAUUACUGUCAGUACAGAUGCCUCAGGUGCCCACACCAGCGGUGGUCCAGCCUUUGCUGGUGCCUCCUCUGAUGACUUGGACAGAGAGUUAACAUAUGGAGAUCAUGAGCUAGUGAUGAGGGGCACGCGCCUGGUGCUGCCCAUGGAUGACUCAGAGCCGCCCUUCACAGACCCUCACCACCGCAUGCGGAUUUGAAGAUAGUCUUUCAAUGCAGACCCAGACAACCGUCCAACUCACAAUGACCCGAGCCGUCGAGCAAAACACCAGUACCUGUCUCUCCUCCUUUCAUUCUUCCACUUUUCUCUCUUUUGCUCCCGCACCUUUCCUCAUCCCUCUUGCUUAUUUUUCCUCCACAUAUUUCUUCACAGCCUCAUUUUCCUACUUCCUCUAGUGGCAAAUCACUGUCUCUACCUCAUUCUCACUCUGCUUGUUUCCACACCUUUCUGGCAUCUGCCAAAACUGUAAUAUAGUCUUAUUUAUUUGCAGGGUUUUUUUUUAGCAUUCAUUUGAAAGUCAGUUUCUCUUUGUUUGGCUUAAAUUUGUGUGCCAGUCACUUUACUGUAGCAUUGCACAGAGGUCUAGCAGCAUGUGUUAGUGUGUAAAUGCAAGUACCAACCACUAGCUAAUUUGUCGGUGUACAGUAUAUCACAAGAGUACUAUAACUUUGAUAUGCAUGCUGAGGAUGCUUGUUGUUUUCUUUGUAUGGGAGGUUGAGGGCUUUUGUGUUUUGGGUCUGACCUUGAAUGUUGCUGCCUUCUCUCUGUGCAUCAGAGACAUGCUGACCCAGUGGACAACUUUACUGUACAUUUGGUUACAAUCAAGUGCCUGGGAAUUGUAGUUUUAAGCCUGGCGACCCAUACUGGACCAGCUCUGGGAAGCAGAGCUGGUUGAGAAUGGGCAGUCAUGCAGUUUUAGUUUUCCUUUGUAAAAAAACCCCACAAAAAACAAACAAACCCAAAAACAAAACAGACACCUCUGUCCAUAAGGUAGCAAUAUACUCAGUGUUGGGGCUGUCAGUUUGUGCUAUUCGCCUGUAAAUAAAUAGUGUGUAACAAUGUAAUGCCACUGAUGCGGUGUAACCUGGCAGUGAAAGUUGUGGAUCUCUCCCAAUGACCUUUGACUGUGACAUAGAGAGAGACUUUACACCUUAUUUUAGAAGCUGAUGUCGCUCCCGGCAGAACGAAGGGCUGUUGUUCUGUAAACGAGAUCCAAAUGAAGAAAGCUUAGUGCCAUUUCUGUCCUGCAUUUUGACAUUUUGUGAAAACCGAAUGCAGAUGACCUUUAAGUGUUUUAUAUUCUUUUUGCAACAGAGCUUAAGUACUUUAAGCUGAAUCACAUUUUUCAUACUCAUUCAGUUUUGUGCACACAUUUUCUAUUACAACUGUUACAUUGUUGUUGAGACUUUGAAUCCAAUUUUCUCUUUAAAUGAACCUGAAAAACACAGAUAGAUGACAUGAAUUUGACACUAAAGGAACUUGGUACCAUGUUAUUGGUAAGCACACAGAUCUUUUUGUGAGUAUAAGUUUGGCAAAUCAGAGAAUCAGUUGUCUCUGUGUCUGAUUUUAUUACAGCUGAAACCAGUGAUUAUUAUUGAUGAAUGAAUUUGAUUAAUCAUUUGGACUUUAAAUGUCCAUCACAGUUUCUCAGCUUAAGCCGAUAUAUUCAGAUAUCUUGUUUUUUUUUUUUUUUCAGAUCAGUAGUUGAAAACCCAAAGAUAUUCAUUUUGCAAUCAAAAAAAUAACAAAUAUUUACAUUGGAGAACCUGGGUGCAUUGAAUUCUUGUGAUACUUAUGUUGGUACUGUGGCAGUUCAAUAUUAGGAGGAUUGUCAGAAUAGAACAACAAUGGUUAUUUAUAUGCUGGAUGUUUUUCCUCUGCUGUUCUUUGGGGUUGUUGGUUAAACAGACUUUUUAAUGUCAUUAAGACGCAUUAAGUCACAAAAAUAUAUACUGUUAAAAGGGUACUCAUGAAUGGAUGUGUUGUAUUUAACUUACAGUCUUAUUUCAGUCUAUCCUACACUGUGGAGGCUAUUUUGGUGGGUAAACAAGAAGAAUGGAAGGUUUUUUUAAUCUCCUUCGGGUGCAGAGUAUAGCAGCUAUUAAUGGGGGUGUAACAGGAAGUGUUGAUAGGACGUCACCGUAGCAACACUGUGUUGAUGUGGACAGAAGCCAGGAAACACUUGGUGACUUAGUUAAACAGAAACGAUUUUGUGGUUUACCCACUUAGUGAGCCGAAGAAAAAAAAAAUUGUUGUACGCAAAAUGGAUGCCAGAGGAUGGGGUUAAAGAAAAGAGUGAGAGAAAUAGAUGAUUAAAAAAAAGAAAUGGAUAAAGAAAUUUAGUUAGGCCUAUGUUUGUGUGUGUGUUCGUUUGUUGGGGAUGAUACAGAGGUGGAAGGAAGAGCAGGCCUUUAGAUAUUGCUUUCCCUUCCACAGUUAUCUUCUGCUGUGCAGGAACGUCUUGUUGAAAAUGUUUUUUUUUUAAUCAGGCAUGUCUCUUUGCAAAACAUUAUCCAGGAAACGAUUUCUUCUUUCCACCAUUUUAUACUUUUCGUUUGUGUUAUUGUUGAAUUUUAUUUUGUAGUAGGGAAAAAAGGAAGUGGAAGAAAGCUGAAUAAUUUGCACUCAUCCUUUGAGAAUGUUUUUCUUUUUUAUUGCUAUGAUGUUUGUUUUAUCUAACAGCUGCUUUUUUUGUUAUUAAUGUUUGAAAGGUUGUGAAAAAAUCAGCAAUGUCAUGUCUUUGAAUGAAUGAAGUAAUAUUUGGCAAACCUUAAGUUGGUUCAUUGAUGUUAUUUGUAAAGAAUUAUUUCCACAUUGCAGUGGCAGACCUUUCAUACUGUUAUUCCAUCUUAACACUUAAAAAGUACUGACUAUGUAUAUUUGCAACAAAUUGCUGUUUAAAUGCUGUUGCCAUGUCUUCUACAGAGCAUGAAUCAUUCAUCCUCCACUAAUGGUGGACUCUGAAAAAAAAAAAAGAAAAACAUACAAACAGAAUUGUUUGCCACUUCAACUGACAUUAAAAAUGUGAAAUCUGCAAAAGCUCCUGUAGGUUUUGGUAUUUGCCUACUGCUCUGCCAGUAUGUUUUUCUCUGUCUGUUCUCUGAAUGGUGGCUUGUGAUAGGCUUUGACCGUUGGACAUCUUGUCUGAGGUAGCUGACCAAAGAGGCCUGCUGUGCUCUGUGUUUUCAGACAGUCCACUUUAUCUUUAUACUGCAAAGUCUCUCCGUGUGAGUGCGUGUCUGUGUUAAUGCCUGCACGUGUAAAUGGACAUGUAUACUGUACUGUGUGUGUGUGUGUGUGUGUGUGUGAGAGAGAGAGAGAGGGAGAGAGAGAGAGAGAGGGAGACAUUGUGUUCUCUCUUUUCCUCUGUGUUGCAGGUACUGACUGUUUACAUCUGUGUAAAUAUACUCUCACCUGUUCAUGUGCGUGCAAUGGUCAAUAAAUAGAAGCCUGUGCUUUUG